CCUCUGCCCACCCGUCUCGGCUCGGUGGCCGUCCCUCGGGGCCGCUGGAGGGAGGCCCCGGUGGCAGAGACAGGGGGGUCUGGAGGAGAGACUCUCUCUUUGCCUCCACGUGGGUGAAGGUGGACUUGAGGCCCAAACUCAGCGGGCUCUGUCUCAAACUUCGCUUCAAAACGUCAGACUUUUUCUUUUUUUUUCCUCUGCAAAGCAGUAGCAUUUUCCCUCUUUCUUGCAGUUUUGCGUUGUGCGUUUUCACGUUGCAAAGUAAAAAGCAGCACAAGUUUAUGUGUGCAGCCUCUUGGCGGAUGAGGAGUAGGAGAUGGUUCUUGUAAACUACUGUCAGCAGAAGGCAGCAGGGAUGGGGUCUGUAAUCUCUAAGUUAGGUGAAACUCUAGUGUUCAGAGCAAAGGUAGUGUGAUUGAUGUCGAAUAACUUUAUACCUUAAAGGUAAACUUAAUCUAAGGUAUCGAGCAGUCACUUGAUGUAGUUACUGGUUUGGAUGGGGCUUGUGUAGUGACUGUGUUUGUGUCUUAUAAUGCGUGGAAGUUUUUUUCUGCACUUAUCCAGCAAGUGAGGGAUCUGGACCUCAUCCUUUGGAAGUGAUGCUUGUGGGGUGACAGGCACAUUGAGAUGUUCCACAUCACUUUGCUCAGCAGCAAUUGUAGAUCCGAGUGUAAUCUGGUGACAGACGUUCAGGCUUAAUUUGCUGUCAGUUGUAGGCUGUCACUGACUGUGGAAUAGGUUGUCCAGGGAUGUGGAUGCCCCAUCCCUGGAGAUGGAUGUGGCUCUACACAGCUUGGUCUAGUGAAAGGUGUCCCUGCCCGUGGCAGUGGGUUAGUCUAGAUGAUCUCUAAGGUCCCUUCCAACACAAACCACUCUGUGAUUAUAUGAUUUUCUGCUUCUCUGAUGUGAGUUGCCUCAGUGGUGAGGCGAUUCCUUUUUCAAGAGUUUUUUACUGGACUACACUACUCCUGCAAGUUGGAGGAUUCUGUUUAAAAGUUAACACAGUAGUACUGACUUGGAGAAAGGGUGUGUUUUGCUCCACAGGUGUCCUGUGUGCAGCUUUGUUGGUUAUGUGGUAGUUGCAGGUACCCGGUGUAAUUGCACCACACCAGCUGCCCGGUGUUCUCACAGACACUUUCGUCUAGUCCAGAGUAAACUUCAGUCUUGUCAAGUAUUAAAAUUCUGGCAAAUGUGUUUGGGAGAUGAGAAUUUGGCCAACUCUGAAGUUUUCUAAACUUCAGGGUAAAGGAGAAGAAACAGGAAAACUUAAGAAUUGUUGAACUUGGUUAUGAAUAUUAGUGGCGGGUUGGCUCUUUUAGGGGUCCUAUGUGAAGGGAAGGGCUCCAGAUUUGGGCAGUACACUUAUGGGCUUGUGUGGUAUUUUUCCUCCUUUUUGUCCUCUGAAUGUCCUGUUUUUAAGAGUUGUUGGCCAAACAAAGACUAGUACACCUCUACAGGCUUCUGAAAAUACAGACGUGAAACUGGGACAAAGAAUAAAUGCUUGGUGGGAAUUGGUGUAUUAAUGUUUAUAGUUGACCUCAUUCCAUAUUCCUAGUGGAGUUCCUAACGCAGCUUUGUGAAUCUCCUCCAGUGACAGGCUGUGGUCUGCCUCUGUCUCCCUUAGUUCGGCUCUAGAAAUUACCAGGCCUGGGAUGAGUUGUUUUCCCCCCACUAGUCUGGUGGAAAGUGAACAGACUAUCUUGUCAGAAAAAAUGGGAGAAGUUGAUUUUUAGCAAGCUGAUCGUACUCGUACAGAAGCACAGGGUGGGCAGGUACAGUGCAGGUGAAGGUGAAGUGCUCUGUGGUGGGUGAUGCAGGGAAAUGUCCUUCUAAACUGUGCCCUGCAGUCAGGCCACAUGUGAAAUUGUAAUUUCUGCUGAUUGUCCAAAGCUGAUUUAAAAUCUCUCAGCGGCUGGAUGGGGUGUUUUGUUUGUCCCUUUUUUUUCAAUUUUCCCCAUUCUUCUCUUAUGCUAAUGGUUGGAGGGCCAAUUGGAUUAGUUAGCUGAUCAGAGUUUAGCUUUUAAUGGAAACAAGUACGUAUCUGUGGGAAAGAGCAGGAGGGAGAGGUGGAACUUUGUCUUCUGAUGUCGAUGCUGACCCGCUGCAGAACCAUGCUGAUGAUGCCGUUAGUAUUGAAAGCGGCACUAACACGGAACGCCCUGAUACACCGACAAACACUCCUAAUGCACCAGGAAGAAAAAGCUGGGGGAAAGGAAAAUGGAAAUCAAAGAAGUGCAAAUAUUCCUUCAAAUGUGUAAAUAGCCUAAAGGAGGACCAUGGCCAGCCUUUGUUUGGAGUCCAGUUUAACUGGCACAGUAAAGAAGGGGAUCCUCUUGUUUUUGCCACUGUAGGCAGCAACAGAGUUACUUUAUACGAAUGUCAUUCCCAAGGAGAAAUCCGUCUGUUGCAGUCUUAUGUGGAUGCUGAUGCAGAUGAAAAUUUCUAUACCUGUGCAUGGACAUAUGAUAGCAAUACAAGCCAUCCUCUUCUGGCUGUGGCAGGAUCCAGGGGUAUUAUUAGGAUAAUUAAUCCUAUUACAAUGCAGUGCAUAAAGCACUACGUGGGCCAUGGAAAUGCAAUCAAUGAACUGAAAUUCCAUCCAAGAGAUCCAAAUCUUCUUUUAUCUGUAAGCAAAGAUCAUGCAUUGAGACUGUGGAACAUCCAGACAGACACGCUGGUUGCAAUAUUUGGAGGAGUAGAAGGGCACAGGGAUGAGGUGUUAAGUGCAGAUUAUGAUCUUCUUGGUGAAAAAAUCAUGUCCUGUGGGAUGGAUCACUCUCUAAAACUCUGGAGAAUUAAUUCCAAGAGAAUGAUUAAUGCUAUCAAAGACUCUUAUGAGUACAACCCAAAUAAAACUAACAGGCCUUUUGUUUCCCAGAAAAUUCACUUUCCUGACUUUUCUACAAGAGACAUACAUAGAAACUAUGUUGACUGUGUACGGUGGCUGGGAGACCUAAUUCUUUCCAAGUCUUGCGAAAAUGCCAUUGUUUGCUGGAAGCCUGGCAAGAUGGAAGAUGAUAUAGAUAAAAUCAAGCCCAGCGAGUCAAACGUGACCAUUCUUGGGAGAUUUGAUUAUAGCCAGUGUGACAUAUGGUACAUGAGAUUUUCAAUGGAUUUCUGGCAAAAGAUGCUUGCUCUGGGCAAUCAGGUUGGCAAACUUUAUGUUUGGGAUUUAGAAAUAGAGGAUCCACACAAAGCCAAGUGUACAACUCUUACUCAUCCUAAAUGUGUUGCUGCCAUCCGACAGACCAGUUUUAGCAGGGACAGCAGUAUCCUUAUAGCUGUGUGUGAUGAUGCCAGUAUCUGGCGCUGGGACAGAUUACGAUAAAGUACUUUUUUCUUAAUUCAUAGAAGAAAAUAUAUUUUCAAAUUAUAAUAUAGUCUGUUAACUUGCUAGUACAGUAGAUGCAUUUAGUGUAGACUUUCUCGAAGGUUCGGCAGGCUGGAGCUGGACUUAGUGAUGUUUACAUUCUGUGUAUUGUUCUGCUUGGAAUUGCUGCUUUUAAUAAAAAGAAGUAUUUUUGUAAAGUU